GGACAGUAGCACAGCAGAACAGAGGCUGUGCUGCUGAUGACUGCCAAGCCUGAUAUCUCCCUGCCUUGCCCUGCCCACACUCACAUCUCACUGCUCUGCUGGCUGUUUGACUGGCCUACGGCGUGUGGAUGGUGGCACUAGACCUGAGAAGAAACCCUGAAUUCUUGCGGCUGCUGUUCUUCAACCACAUUUCCACCACUCAAGUCACCAAGGACUAUGUGAAAUGGGUCUUUCCACAAGCACUGUGCUUUUCAUUCUCCUGUCCUGCUGCUGCUGCUGGGUUAGAAAAUACAAACAUGUCUUUGAUCCUUCUUCUGAUCCAGAGAUCUAUGUGACAAAUGGUGGACAAAUGGGCUACUGGGGACCUGAUGAAUAUUGUCUAAACGGACAUGCUAUUGGUUUCUCACUGAAGAUAGAGCCUUAUCAAGGAGGCGACCAUAACAGCGAUGAUACGGCUUUGAAUGGCAUCCGUCUGAUAUGCUCUGAUGGUACAUUUAUUACAUCCAGUGUUUCCAGGUGGGGUACUUGGUCUGGGCAAUACUAUUGCCCUUCAGGUGGUAGAUUGGUGUCCUUCGCUUUGAGGGUGGAGCUACCCCAAGGGUUUGGGGAUGACACGGCAGCCAACAACAUCAAGUUUCAGUGUGAUGAUGGUCAGGUGCUGAUCGGCAACUCACAUACCUGGGGUGUUUUUGGAGAAUGGAGUGACAGCUGCAACAGUGGAAUAUGUGGGCUACAGACAAGGGUGGAGGCAGAGCAAGGGCCCAGUGACGACACAGCACUUAAUGAUGUGAUAUUCUACUGCUGUUAAUGGAAACAGAG